CAUCAGAACAUGACCCGUCUCCUCCCUGCAGGCUGAUCCAGUGCAGAGUGAGUGAAGACGGCCUCCUCGUCUUUAUCACUGACAUUCCAGAGCAGGCCAUCGAGGAGCCACAGGAGAAGGAGGCACCGGUGCUGCAGGAGUCGUCAAACGGCGAGCAGACGGCCAACGACGGCGGGAACUCCGGCCUGAAGUCGGUGCUAUCAGCAGGGAAGACGCAGAGCUCCUGGCCCGACGGCAGCGACCGACCCGUCGUUACCUUCAAAGAGAACAUUAAGCCCCGAGAGCAGAGCCGAGAGCCGACGCGGAACCACAACCUGAAGGACAGCGGGAAGGAGCGCCGAGACUUCAACAAAGGAAACGGGGCUGCGGGGAAAGGAGAGCUGAAGAGGGACGGGAAGAGGAAGAGCGAGCUGAAGAAAGCCGCUCAUGAGAAGACGCCUGAUGCUGUCAAGCAGGUCAAAGCGCAGACGGAGCUGAGGAAGACCCCGGUGUCUGAGGCCAAGAAGACUCCUGGCACUCAGACUCAAACCACCUGCUCCUCCCAGUUCAUCCCAAUCCACCAUCCUGGAGCCUUCCCACCGCUGCCCAGCAGACCUGGAUUCCCUCCCUCGGCCUAUGUGAUCCCUCCCCCUGUGGGGUUCCCGGGACUCCAGGUGAAUCCGGGCUUCACGUUCUCCACCGGAGUAUCCGUCCCCGCCCCUUUCCUCCAGCCGGGUGUCCACACCCAGGCCGGCACACAGGCGGGUAAGCUCCACAUUCCCUACAGUCAGCAGAGGCCCUCAGGUCCCGGUCCAGGUCAGGGACCAGGGUCCUCGGGCCAGAUGCCAGGGCAGAUGAACCAGGGGUCGUCGCAGAAUCAACAGCCUCAGAAUCAGCUGCCCUCUCAGCAGGCCAUGCAGCAGACGGUCCAGCUGCAGGUUCAGGCCAUGAGCCAGCAGCAGCAGUCUCCCACCAAACCGGUGCAGCAGGUCGGGAUGGGGAAGAGUCCACCACACCACCCGGGUCUGCAGCAGUACAUGCAGGUCCAGGAUCAGCCGGCUCAGAUGUGGAACCAGGCUCAGGCCGCCCUGCAGAAGAUUCCCUCCCUGCAGAUGUCCAUGAAGCAGCCCCAGCAGCAGCAGCAGCAGCAGCAGGCCUUCUACAUGGCGGCUCAGGACCCCCUCAAACUGUACGAGCACCAGCUGCAGCCCCCCAGCAUGGACAAGAAGAUCAAGUACCCCAACGUCAAGAUGCAGGACUUCUACUGGGAGCCGUCCUACAGGUUAGGAGAAGGGCUGGCUGUGAUGGCCGACAGGAUGAAGAGGCCUCCACCGGGAGGAAUCUGUCCAGAGCAGGACCCCUCCGCCGGGCCCAGGGGACCCCCGUUUGAGGACAACAAGAGCUCGCCUCUUCUCCCUCCUGACCUGUUAAAAACUCUAGCAGAUUUUGAGGAGGAGGAGGAGCUCGUCUUUACUAAGCCUCCUGAUUUCUUCCAGGCUUUGGCUGGCCCUCUUAGCACUGCUCCCGGACCAAACAUUUUUCAGCUGCCAAACCAGACCAGGAUGGAGAGUGGACCAGAGGUCGUCAGCCAAUCGUCUUCUCUCCUGCCCAUUUCUGGAUUCCCCAUGCAGGAGUAUAACCAGAACAGCAUCUUCAGUCAGGCUUACGGCAAGAACCUGCCGCCCAGCUCCAAGCCUGACACUCCCAUGAUGCACCAGGAGCCCUCCCUCUACUCCCUGUUUGAGGGGACUCCCUGGUCCCCCUCCCUCCCUGCCAGCUCAGAUCACUCCACCCCAGCUAGCCAAUCACCUCACUCCUCCAACCCCAGCAGCCUGCCGUCCUCGCCACCGACACACAACCACGGAGCCAUGCCCUUCUCCAACUUCGGGCCCAUUGGUACUCCGGACAGCCGGGACCGCAGGGUGAUGGACCGCUGGAAGGCCGACAAGACUGGAGCGGUCAGCGGGUUCGGUCUGGACUACCUGCCGGCUGCAGCCUCCUCUGCAGCCUCGGACACCAGCUGGCACCAAGCAGGCCCGCCGGGAGGCUCCUGGACCAAUCAGGAGUGUCCGAUGGAGGAGUCGUCCUCCACCGUGCUGCUCGACAGCCUCAAGUCCAUCUGGUCAAGCUCCAUGAUGCAGCCGGGCCCGUCGGCGUUGGAGCAGCUCCUCCUGCAGCAGAAACAGAAGCAGCAGCGAGGUCACGGCACCAUGAACCCGCCUCACUGAACGGCCGGCCGCCGCGACACUUUGUGUUCUGACGUCAACGGAAAAAAACCCACCACCAGGAGAAAUGGGAGGAGAAAAAAAAA